AUGAUGUAUGAGUCCGAGGGAAACAACUUGUCGAUUCUGGCCGAGUUCACUGCCUUGGCUGGCAGCUUACAAGGAUCCAAUCUCAAUGAGGAUGUUCGCCUUAAAGCGUCGGCUGUUACUCGUAGUUUACUCUCAGCCUUGGAGUUACCAUUCGAGAGAAUCAUGCAGGAUGUGGUCAUGAAUCCACCAACUCUGAUGGCCAUUAGAAUGGGUGUCCAACUGGAGAUUUUCACUCAGGUCAGCCAGAAUCCAGAAGGAAUCACUUUGCAGACCAUUGUGGAGAAAACGGGGGCCAGCCCCAUCCUUGUUGAUCAUCAAACUGCAAAAGAUAACAUAAUCUGUGCUGAUAAUAUGAUCUCUCCUCAAAGCCCAGAUUCUGCGGCUUCUAUGUGCUGCCGGGUAUGUCAAGCAGCACGAUGCACAGACAUUCAAGCCCUCAGCUUUGACUAUGGCAAUGGCAGGUCCAAUGGCGGAAGCAACAACUUGAGCCUGAAUAAACUAGUUUUGAUAUUGGAAACCUCUGCACCACCAAAGCUCCAGAGUUCUUUCGCAAAAAACAACAAUCAUGUUCUAUCCUCUGUCAAAGAUACGCCGUUCCAACUGGGCUGUAACACAGAGUUUAGCUAUUUUGAAUGGCUGGGUAAAAAUCCUGAUCUGGCCAGGGAUUUCCACCAAUGGAUGACAUUAAAGCAAAACGCCACGCCAAGUUGGCUCGACUGGUUUGAUAUUGAAAACCACCUGGCUGAGGACUUCAAUGCUGAGGCUUCAGAUGUUCUCUUUGUCGAUGUUGGUGGCGGCGAGGGUCAAUAUGUACAGGGCUUGAAGGAAAAAUUCCCAGAUGCCCCUGGGAGACUAAUUUUACAGGAUUUGCCCCAAGUCAUUUCCGCCGUCGAUUCUCCCCCUACUAGCGUUGAGUUGGCCAGCCAUGAUUUCUUUACAGCUCAGCCAAUCAAGGACGCCCGCGCAUACUUCAUGCACUGGACUCUACACGACUGGCCGGAUGAGCAAUUUCAGUCUAUUUUGCGACAUAUUGUGGAUGUCAUGGAGCCUGAAUACUCUAAUUUGAUAAUCCAUGAAACGAUUAUUCCCGACACGAAUUGCGAUCUACCAUCGGCUUGCAUGAGUGUCAUGAUGAUCAUACAAGUUGCUGGUUUUGAGCGUUCUGAGAAACAGUGGCGGGAACUGCUUGAAUCGGUUGGACUGUCCAAGGUUGUUUUUCAUCAGCCUCCCAUCAGUGGUGAAGGUAUCAUUGAGGCAAUGAAAUGA